AUGAAUAUAGCAUCAGGUCUUGGCGCUUUUAAUAAAGAUAAAGUUGCCAAUAAAUUUGGUAUACAAUUAAAACCAAAAGAUGCAUCCCACAAAACAUCAAAUCCAUUACCAACAAAAACCGUGACAACUCCAGAAUUAUUGAAUGUGACAAAAAAUAAAACAAUUAGUGAUUUUCGUACAGACAAUAAUGCCAAUGGAUUUUUAUCGAAUACAAAUCGUAUUACUACAUCAAAGACAUCAGAAACAGCAAAAAAACCUACUGAACAAGCACCGACAAAAAAACCUACUGAGCAAACUACAACAAAGAAAUCCACUGAACAAUCUACAACAAAAAAAUCUUCUGAGCAAACCAUAACAAAAAAAUCUACUUCGGAACCUGUGAAUACAUCUGUAAAGAAUGACCAACCUCGUUCUUUAACCACAAAUGUUAAUCAUUCCACGAAGAAGUCAAAAGAAUCUUUAUCAACGAAAUCUCCUGAAGUAUCGAAAAAGUCUACUGUAUCAUCCACUGAACAAGCUGUUUCAUCAACAUCAUCUGUCAAACAACCCACUGCAGCACAGACAACGAAAUCUAAAAAUGAAGCUCAAGUUGAACAUCAAAAAGAUCAACCAUUAUACAAACGACAAUUAUCAAAAACAUUGGAGAAUACAUCACCAACAGUAAAUAAAAAUACAACAACAACAGCAACAACAGCAAAUGCAUCGACAACUUCAUUAAAAAGGUAA